CAGAGUGUCACAAUAUACACUCCACCAACUCUCAGUCCGACCAUCAACCCAGGCUCACGGGAGGGAUUGGAGCGCUGCCAGACACCCGCGGCCCCCGUGAGCGGAAGACCACCGGAGGGACCAUGAGCAGCAGGGAGAAGGAGUGAUCUCUCCUACCCCUCACCCCCUAGCCCCGUCCUCACCACACACAGAGGAGGAGGAAGAGGAACAGCACAACACAGCUGGGCAGGGUGAAAUGGAGGCCAAGUGGUUUUUAUCCAUCAUCCAGGAUGAUUUUAGAUCAGGCAGAAUUAACCUCGACAGGACCAUGAAACUGCUGGAGAAACUGAAAAUCCCGUGCGACUACGCUCACGUGAAAUACAUCUUUAAGGCAAAUGACAGGGAAAAGACUGGAAAGAUCACCAUCGAGGAAUUUAGAGCCAUUUACCGCACUCUCGCCCACAAAGAAGAGAUCCUGGAGAUUUUCAACACGUACUCGGCAAACCGCAAAAUCCUUCCGAAAUCGAAGCUGAUGGAGUUUCUCCAAAGGGAACAGUUCAUCAUGGACAUGGUUUCUCCCGUGGCCUGCACCAUCAUUGACAAAUAUGAACCCAUUGAAGAAGUCAGGGGUAAAAAAGAAAUGACAUUUGAAGGGUUCUCAAGAUUCAUGGACUCACAGGAUUGCUUGCUGUUUAAAAAGGACUAUAGAAAAGUCUACCAAGAUAUGACUCGCCCAUUACGUGACUACUUCAUUUCAAGUUCACAUAAUACCUACUUGAUAUCUGAUCAACUAAUAGGACGGAGUGACCUUUGGGGUUACAUAAGUGCCCUACUCAAGGGAUGUCGCUGUCUGGAAAUUGACUGCUGGGACGGCUAUCAGAAUCAGCCCGUUGUCUACCACGGACAUACCUUGACGAGCAAGAUCAUGUUCAAAACCGUCAUCGAGGUCAUCAACAUGUACGCCUUUAUGGCUUCCGAAUAUCCAGUGGUCCUUUCCCUGGAGAACCACUGCUCGCCGAAGCAGCAGGAGGUCAUGGCGGAUGUCCUUGAGCGAAUUCUGGGAGAGAAAUUGCUGUCGGAGACCCUGUAUGACUAUCCCGAUGAACUGCCCUCCCCGGAGGCCCUGAAGUUCAAAAUCCUGGUGAAGAACAAGAAGAUCGGCACGUUGCGGGAGACGGCGCUGAGGAGAGGCACCGACAGGCACGGGCAGGUCGGGGAGUGCGAGGAAGUGGAGGACGACGAGGAGGACGCAGAGGACGAGGAGGAGGCCGAGAAGAAGGAGAGCCAAACCUUGCUGAGGGACAGCUUGGUCAAGAAGACGGCGGAGGACCGGAAAGUCUGGGGAAGGAGGAAGUAUCCCUCCACUAAAAGAAACAAGAUCCGGAAGAUUAAAAUAGCCCUGGAGUUAUCCGAUCUCGUCAUCUAUACCAAAUCACAGAAGUUCAGGAGCUUCGAACAGUCGAGAGCCACUCAGAAAUUCUACGAGAAUAAUUCCAUCGGGGAAACGCGUGCAAGAAAACUGGCUAAGAUGGCAGCCCGAGAAUUUAUUUCUCACACCGGCAAGUUCAUCACCAGGAUUUAUCCCAAAGGAACCCGAACGGACUCUUCCAAUUACAAUCCUCAAGAAUUUUGGAACCUGGGGUGUCAGAUGGUGGCCUUAAAUUUCCAGACCCCUGGGUUACCCAUGGACCUCCAAAAUGGGAAAUUUCUGGACAACGGGGGAUGCGGCUAUAUCCUGAAACCAGAAAUCCUAAGAAACCCUGAGUUGUCCUUCAAUCCUAUGGGCCCUUCAACAAAUGACAGCCCGGUGACUUUUUCAAUACGGCUCAUCAGUGGCUUUCAGUUACCGCCGAGUAAUUUCUCAGCUACUAAUAAAGCUGACCCCAGAGUAAUAAUAGAGAUCCACGGCGUCCCCGAAGAUCAGUGUAAACAGCCGACAAGAGUCAUUAAAAAGAAUGCUCUGCGUCCUAGAUGGAACGAAACCUUCACGUUCACGAUUCAGGUUCCCGAGUUGGCCUUGGUUCGCUUUGUUGUUGAAGAUCAAGUCUCCCUGGCUUCCAAUGAAUUUCUUGGCCAGUACACACUGCCGUUCUAUUGCAUGGAUAAAGGUUACCGACGAGUCCCUCUGUUUUCCAAACUGGGUGAGAGCCUCCAUCCGGCAUCUCUGUUCGUCUACAUCUGGUACUACUGAGAGCGUUGAUUCUGACCUCAAGAAAACUCUCCGCUGUCGUCAUGGUCUCUGGCCGCCACUGCUGCUGUAUUCCUCAAUAAAGCAAGGU